CGUGCGCGGCCGACGCGCCAGGGAGGAGCUUGUCGCCAGGAUGGCACAUCGCCGGAACCGCGAGCUCGCCGCGCUCAACGACCGCCACGUCGUCUCCAGGUUCGCCCACAAAGGAAGGAUACAGUCCAUGCUUCGUCUGAAGCUGUUGCGUCAGGGAGAUACAAUCAACGAUGAAGUGUGGAAUCUACUAAGACCAGUUAGGCCACACCCACCAAGAUGUGGACCUGAGGCAUCUGCCAUGAGAGACGAUAGCAGCAAGAAAGAUCUACAAGAAGCAAAUGAAUGCAUUCUGCAAAAUAAUAGGGUUGAUGAACAACAAAAUGAUGGUAUAAGUCCAUCUGUGGAAAAGUCUGCUGGGUUAUCAAUUGAGAACCAUGUUAAUUCUGACUGUCUACGAAACCGACAAUAUGAUGAGAAGAUAAACACAGAAGGAUGCCAGGAAGAUUGUUCAAACUUAGUAAACUCGUGUGUUCACAAUCAGGAAUAUUCUAAAGCUUCAAGCUUUGCAAGCUAUAAUGAUCAGCGUGCUGUCUAUGACAAUCAGUAUAUGGAUGAUAUCUCCCCAAGUACCACCACAAGCACAAUUCGUGAGCUCCAGGAAACUCCUUCAUCAAGAGGUGACACUUUGCGAGAAGAAGACAACCAAAGUCUCAAUGGUUCUUGGGACGAGAGAGCAUUAUGGAGCAGUCUUGGUUGGCCCGCACCAGUAGAUUCCAUGAGUCCGGACAGCUGGCAUCAAGACAUGAUUGGAGAUAUGGAGAAUCAUAAUCAGAUUGAAUUUAAUGAUCGACCUUGGAUAGACUCCCCUAACUCAUGGAGAUCAUUGCAUAUUGCCACACAAGCAGAGGGCCGAGAUUUGUCUGGCAAUACUGACAUUUGUAAUCUUCUUGAGAGCAAAAAGGUCUCAAAGUCCCUCGAGAGUGAUUUUAGCAACAAAAUGAAUCAUCUCCUGCGAGCAAUCCUGCAGAAGCAAAGGCAACAACACAUGAUUGAUGAGUUUGGGGGAUACUAUCAGGAACACUUAUACUGGCAACAAAAUCAUGAGUCCCGGAAUGAAGACCAUGUGACAUCUGUACCGUGUUCAUUAGAACCUGUCUCCCAUGUCGCAGCCCACCCCCAAGAGAGUUGGCAGCACUCUUCAUUUGAACAUCAACAUCACGAAAAUCAAAAUCUGCUUGAAAUGGAGGUCAGGGUGAGAAGUGAAAUGGCCCAGAUUCAUCAUGAAAUAUAUGAACUACGUAAGUUGGCAGAAAGUUGUAUUGCAUCCCAAGUAAAGAUGCAGCACUCCAUUAAAGAGGAGGUGUGCAGUGCACUGCGUGAAGCUGGGCUGAUGCCAAGCCAACCUGACAUAACAGCCAAAAAAGGCACGUGCUGCAUCUGCAAUCAGAUGCAAGUUGACUCUCUACUUUACAGGUGUGGCCAUAUGUGCACUUGUUUCAACUGUGCUGAUCAGCUGAGAUCGAGCAGCGGUAGAUGCCCAAUCUGUCAAUCUUCUAUCGACGACGUCGUUCGGGCUCACCCCAAUUUUUGAGGUUUAGGAUUUAGGAAGGAGAAAAAAGCCGACACUCCCAGCUUUAGAUGUGGAGUUUGCGAAGCCCUGGUUUUGAGGAGGCUUCUUACCUUUUGUUAACCACUGAAAGUAUACGAGCUAGCCUUUCUCGAGAAAAUGUAAAUAUAUUUUGUGCAACUUCGACCUGUAUUGACGGAAAGGGAAACAUAGAUCUAAUCAAAAUGCUGAUCUUGUUUCUGUUGUGA